AUGGCAAAUCCAAAGAUUAGGCAAGGUAGGAGAGGUUGUCUGAUACAAGGGACAAGCCGACAAGGUGGGAGCCCAUCCACGUUCCUCCAAGCAGCCACCGAUUACCACGUCAGGAGACAGGGUACGCGGCUGACUAAGGGAUUUAUGAGGCAAUUUUGGGACCAAAACGUCCUCCCUUGUUUAUUAAUUGCCUUUUUCACCGGCGACAGCUCGACGCUUUUGGAGAGGGCCGAGGGAGGAGGUUUAGGUGCUUAG